GGACUUGUUACUAUUAAAAGAGAAGAAGAGGAGGAGGAUGGAGAGGAGGAGAUUGGGGACAGAGAGGAGGAGGAGGAGGAGGAUGGAGAGGAGGAGGUUGGGGACAGAGAGGAGGAGGAUGGGGACAGGACCAACCCAGAAACAGGAGAGGGUGCCAGCUCAGACAAAGAGAGACCGUUCCUCUGCUCCCAGUGUGGUAAGCGGUUCACUGCACCAAGCAGCCUGAAGACUCACAUGCAGAGACACAGCGGAGAGAAACCCCACCAGUGCUCCUUCUGUGGGAAGCGCUUCCUACGAUCCACAGACCUGAAGAGACACCAGAUGAUCCACAAAGCAGUCACCUCGGACAGACCGUACCGCUGUUCGGAGUGCGGCAAGACGUUCACCUCGCCGACCAGCCUGAGGAUCCACCUGAAGAUCCACAGCGAAGACAAACCACACCAGUGUUCCGUCUGCGGGAAGCGUUUCCUGUGGCUGUGUGUUCUGAAGAGACACCAGGUGGUGCACAAAGCAGGAGAGAGCGCCACCUCGGACCCAGACAGCCCAGGGGAUCCCGAACAGGGGCAGAAGCCGUACCCGGACCCUAAAAGACUGCACCUCUGCUCAGAGUGUGGCAAGAGGUUCACCACAGCGCCUUUACUAAAGUCUCACAUGAAGUCUCACAGUGGGGAGAUACACCACCAGUGCUCCGUCUGUGGGAAGUGUUUCCUGCUGUUCCAGGACCUCAAGAGACACCAGGAGAUCCACAAAGGGGGCAACAACUCUGACGCAGACAGUCCAGGGGAACCAGAUCCGGAGAGACCGUUCCCCUGCUCUGUGUGUGGUAAGAGGUUCACCGCAGCCUUCAGGCUUAAGGCACACAUGAAGAUCCACAGCGGAGAGAAACCCCACCAGUGCUCCGUCUGUGGCAAGGCCUUCCUUCGACCCUACGACCUUAAAAGACACCUGGUGACCCAUAAAGGAGAGGGCACCAGCUCUGACCCUGACAGUCCAGGGGAUCCUGACCAGGAGCUGAAGCCAUAUUUCUGCUCCCAGUGCGGUAAGAGGUUCACUGCAGCCAGCAGCCUGAAGACACACACAAUGACGCACAGUGGAAAGAAACCCCACCAGUGCUCCGUCUGUGGGAAGUGUUUCCUGCGAUACCAGGACCUGAAGAGACACCAGGUGAUCCACAAAGGAGAGGGCGCCAGCACAGAAAAACCCCACCAGUGCUCUGUCUGCGAAGAGAGUUUCUUGAAGCUCGACGACUUGAACAUUCACGUGACGAUCCACACAGGAGAGAAGACCAAGCACAUCUGCCAACCAUGUGGGAAGACCUUCACUCUGCUGCAGGACCUAAAGACUCACCAGCGCACCCAUACGGGAGAGAAACCGUACCACUGCUCCAAGUGCCCAGAGAGCUUUGGCAACCUGUUGGAGUACAGGGAGCACAAGCAGACACACAAUAACAAGAAACCGUACCUUUGUGACCAAUGCGGCCAGACGUUCACCCACUUCUACACCCUCAAGACCCACCGGUCAAUCCACACAGGGGAGAACCUCCUCCACUGCUCCUACUGUGGGAGGGGCUUCACUCAGAAAACGUCCUUGGCGACCCACAUACUGAUCCACACCAAGGAAAAACCGCACCAGUGCUCUGUGUGUGGCCAACGUUUUGCCAGAAGCGAAAGCCUGAAGAAACACAAGAGGAUACACAUGGCAGAGGUCCGCCAUCACAUGUGCGAGUGCGGGAAGAGUUUCCCGGACAUGAAGAGGUUGGAGGUGCACGCGAGAAUGCACUACAAGAGCCUGGAAAAGAAGUACUGCUGCUCAUACUGCGGGAGAAUGUUCCUACGGGACGGGGAUCUAAAGAGUCACCAGAGAACACACACCGGAGAGAAACCCUUUGUCUGCGCCAUAUGCGGGAAAAGUUUCGCCCAAUCGGGGAACUUGAGAGUGCAUCAGAUCAAGCACACUAAAGAGAGACCGUACCCUUGUACUGUCUGUGAUAAGGGGUUCACCACCUCUGGGAGUCUGAAGGUGCACAUGAGACGGUUUCAUACAGGGGAGAAGCCGUACGUCUGUAGCCUGUGUGGGAAAGGGUUCAUUGUACCCAAAGCACUAAAGACACACCAACAGAAACAUAUGAAAGAGACUACCGUCUAGUUUGACGGGAGACGGGAAAAGACUGUCUUUCUGUGUGAUUCCUCGCUCCACUCUCCUCUCAACUGUCAUAGAGGAGAAGUUCAGAGGUCCCUCCUCUCUGACUUUAUUCUCCAUUUUGAGGGGGAGACGAAGAGGAAUCGGGGAAUGAUGAAUUGAGAAAUAGUCGAGGCCUGCUGCUGGUUUUACCUGCUGCUCCCAUUGAGGACAUGUUUUUUUUCAAAAUAAAAGUCCCCCCCCCCCCCCCCCUCUUACAUGCAUCCAUGUAAUAGGUGCUCUAAAUGUGCCAUUAGACAUCACUCACCAUGACAGAAUAGCUAGUGGUUAGUUUAGUGGUACUCUACAGAAACUCUGAGGUUGUAUCACCAAACUAGCCACUAGCUAGCUAUUCAGUCUGUAAGAUACUCUACAGAAACUCUGAGGUUGUAUCAUCAAACUAACCACUAGCUAUUCAGUCUGUAAGAUACAACCUCAAUAAAGUUUCUGUAGAGUAUCUUAAUGUCAGAUAUGAAUUGACAGGAUGAUAUGAUUAUGUAUGGCAUGAUAUGACACAAUAUGCAUUAUGACAAUAAUACAUUUAAACCUGACAUGAUGUCUCUACUCACCAUGACUGGUACCUAUUGACAUGAUGUCUCUCUCCACUCACCAUGACUGGUACCUAUUGACAUGAUGUCUCUCUCCACUCACCAUGACUGGUACCUAUUGACAUGAGGUCUCUACUCACCAUGACUGGUACCUAUUGACAUGAUGUCUCUCUCCACUCACCAUGACUGGUACCUAUUGACAUGAUGUCUCUCUCCACUCACCAUGACUGGUACCUAUUGACAUGAGGUCUCUACUCACCAUGACUGGUACCUAUUGACAUGAUGUCUCUCUCCACUCACCAUGACUGGUACCUAUUGGCAUGAUGUCUCUACUCACCAUGACUGGUACCUAUUGACAUGAUGUCUCUCUCCACUCACCAUGACUGGUACCUAUUGACAUGAUGUCUCUCUCCACUCACCAUGACUGGUACCUAUUGACAUGAGGUCUCUACUCACCAUGACUGGUACCUAUUGACAUGAUGUCUCUCUCCACUCACCAUGACUGGUACCUAUUGACAUGAUGUCUCUCUCCACUCACCAUGACUGGUACCUAUUGACAUGAUGUCUCUCUCUACUCACCAUGACUGGUACCUAUUGACAUGAUGUCUCUCUCCACUCACCAUGACUGGUACCUAUUGGCAUGAUGUCUCUACUCACCAUGACUGGUACCUAUUGACAUGAUGUCUCUCUCCACUCACCAUGACUGGUACCUAUUGACAUGAUGUCUCUACUCACCAUGACUGGUACCUAUUGACAUGAGGUCUCUACUCACCAUGACUGGUACCUAUUGGCAUGAUGUCUCUCUCCACUCACCAUGACUGGUACCUAUUGACACGAUGUCUCUACUCACCAUGACUGGUACCUAUUGGCAUGAUGUCUCUACUCACCAUGGCUGGUACCUAUUGGCAUGAUGUCUCUCUCCACUCACCAUGACUGGUACCUAUUGACACGAUGUCUCUACUCACCAUGACUGGUACCUAUUGGCAUGAUGUCUCUACUCACCAUGGCUGGUACCUAUUGGCAUGAUGUCUCUACUCACCAUGACUGGUACCUAUUGACAUGAUGUCUCUCUCCACUCACCAUGACUGGUACCUAUUGGCAUGAUGUCUCUCUCCACUCACCAUGACUGGUACCUAUUGACACGAUGUCUCUCUCCACUCACCAUGACUGGUACCUAUUGACAUGAGGUCUCUCUCUACUCACCAUGACUGGUACCUAUUGACAUGAUGUCUCUACUCACCAUGACUGGUACCUAUUGACAUGAGGUCUCUCUCUACUCACCAUGACUGGUACCUAUUGACAUGAUGUCUCUACUCACCAUGACUGGUACCUAUUGACACGAUGUCUCUCUCCACUCACCAUGACUGGUACCUAUUGGCAUGAUGUCUCUCUCCACUCACCAUGACUGGUACCUAUUGGCAUGAUGUCUCUCUCCACUCACCAUGACUGGUACCUAUUGACAUGAGGUCUCUACUCACCAUGACUGGUACCUAUCGACAUGAUGUCUCCACUCACCAUGACUGGUACCUAUUGACAUGAGGUCUCUCUCCACUCACCAUGACUGGUACCUAUUGACAUGAUGUCUCUCUCCACUCACCAUGACUGGUACCUAUUGACACGAUGUCUCUACUCACCAUGACUGAUACCUAUUGGCAUGAUGUCUCUACUCACCAUGACUGGUACCUAUUGACAUGAUGUCUCUCUCCACUCACCAUGACUGGUACCUAUUGGCAUGA